AUGGCGAUGCGUUGUCCGAGGCGCGAGGCGCCUCGUGACCCCACUUGUACUUGGCAGAGGGACCUGGAAGCACCAUGCAAUGGCGGCCGUGCCGCGGAGGCCGUCGCGGUGGAUCUAAGGGCUGAUGCGACGACCUGCUGGACUGAGUCGAGCGGAGAGAGCGCGAGCAGGCAGUACAGCCGAGGUCGAGCCGAGGGGCGUGGGGAUCGGAGCCCAGCAGCGGGUUCAGCCGCGCCCGCCCGGCACACGGCGAGUGGGUCGGGCAGCGGGCAGCAGUGGGCGGCAGCGGGCGGUAGUGGGGGCAGCGGCAGACGCGGCGGUAUGAUCCCUGACGUGAAGCUGCGGAGCUGGCUGUCGCGCAAGGACCGGAAGGACGGUGCGGAGGACUCUCCGCGGGGCAGCGCCAGAGAGCCGUCGGGGAAAGGCAGAGAGAAGCAGGGCGGGGGGACGGGACUCGACAGACUGGGCGCAGGUGGUGCGGAUGGCGCACGCGGUAAGUCUGGCGCGGCGGCGGGCGGGCAAGCGGUGCUUUCAGCGGAGGGCGACGUGCCGCGCUCCGCCUCGUCCGACUCCUCUUAUGCACGCGCCCCGCGCGCCGACAUUGCGCGCGAUAUGCAGCCCGGGGGCGCGAUGAGCCCCACGGACGAGGAGCUGGAUCGCGCCAUGGCGGAGAUGGGCUGCGCGGGCGGGGGGCUAGGGGCGGCGGGGGGGGCGAGUUCCGCGCAAGCGGGAUCGCCAAGCGGGGCGGUGACUCCGCGGUCGCGGCGGGAGAUAUGGAAGUGGCGGAGGAGUCGCACGACGGCUCUGCCAGUGGGCGGCACGGUGGGCCGGGGGAACGCAGCGGCGCUGCGCGGGUGGCUGGAUCGCGAGAGCUCUUUCGCGAGCUCCACGGGCGGAGAGUCCGCCAGCGGGGUCUCCGCCGUGGGCUCUGAGGGCACCGCGGGGGGCGGAGGGGCAGGAGGGGGUAAGCGGGAGGCGGAAGACGGCGGAGGGGAGCAGAACGGGGGAGGGGAUGCGGGUGCUAGGGGCGGGGCGGCAGGGAGCGGUUGGAAGCGGUGGCGGCUGUCGCGGCAGCUGGGGUUCGCGGCGGAGGACGUGCGGGUGAUGCGCGAGUUCCUGGCGCAUCGCGACGCGUGGGUGGCGCUGGAGGCGAGCCCGUCCACGCGCUUCUACGUCUUCGACUACAUGCAGACCGUCCGCUCUGGCGCUUACCCGCACGUGCUCGCGGUGAGCCCUCAGCGCGCAUGCAUGCCUGUGGUCCUCGAUUCCUCAACGCUUCGCCGUCACACACCCUGUUCCCUUCUUGCUAAAAACACCACUGCCCCCUCCCCCACCCCUCCCGUCUCUUCCGCCAAACCCCUCCCUUUUUCUUCGCCCCUCUCCCCACGCUCCGCUCCGCUCCGCUUUCUGUCGCUGCCUCUUGUUCGUUCUCCCCCGCUGCCCUGUGCGAACUUCUUUGUCGAGCUGCUCUCACCCCAUUCUUCCAACCCCGCGCACCCCACACCCUCCUCCCUUUCUCAUCCUCACCCCCCGCUCCCCCUGCGCUAUCCCCCUGGGCGGGCGCAGGCGUUCCGCGCAGUGGUGCGCGCGCACGGGCUGUCGGAGGCGGAUCUGAAGAGCCAGAAGCGCGAGACGCUGCAGCUGCUGGCGCUGCUGUUCUCGCAGCACGACGGGCUGUGGCGCCUGCGCCGCCAGCAGCUGCUCGAGCUCAUCGUCUCCGCGCCCUCCUGGCUCGCGCCCGCCGACGGGGAGGCGCACGCGGACGAGUGGGCGGAAGGGGAGGAGGGCGGAGAGGAGGGAGUGGCGGGGCGUGGCGCGGGAGGGGACGCGGUGGGGCGGGAAGAGGGGCGGGCCGCCGUGGAGGAGGGGCAGGGGAACGGCAUGGCGGGGGAGGGCGGGGGCGGGAAGGAGGGUGGGGAGCGCGAUGCUGGGCUCGGGGAUGGGUCCCCAAGUGCAGUGAGCGUGGCAGCAGGUUCAGGUGCCGCACAAAGGGCGCAUGAGCAAGGGGCUGCGGCGGAGAAGCAGGAGGGCGGUACAGGGGGCGCAGGGGACGCGGGCAGGGAGAAGGAAGGGGAAAAAGGGAUGGAUGGGAGGCAAGCGGAGGGGGUGCGCGAGGGGGAGAAGGCAGUGGGGUCAUUGGAAGCGGGGCAUGGUGUGGCGGCGCGUGUGGGCGGCAGUGAGGGCGCAGGCAUGCAGGGGAGUGACGCCACGGACGGGGCAGUGGCAGCAGCAGGAGAGGCGCGGGUGGGGGGUGGGGGGGAGGGCGCAGAGGCGAAUGCGGGGCGGAGGGAGAGAUUGCGAGGUCCAGGGGAGGGCAUGGGGUCAGGGACGGGCGGUCGGGGCAGAGGUGCCGCGCCCAUGCCAUGGCCUGCCCCUCCUGCUCUGAGAGCCAGAGCAGAGGCGGGCGGGGAUGAGGCCACAGCGCCACAGCCCACCGGUGGUGCUGCUGCUGCGGCCAGUGACGUUGGCAGCGGGGCAGUGGCCAGGAGCAGCAGCAGUGGCAGCGGUGGUGGUGGUGGCGGGGGGAGCAGCGGCAGCGGAGUGGGGAGUGGGUGGGCGGCGUCGGAGAUGUACCGGCGCAUGAGCAGCAGCUUCCUGCAGCGCGACAAGGAGCUGCUCUCCGCCUUCCUGCAGCGCGCCGCGCACUGGGACUCGCUGGCGCCGCGCACGCCCAUGCACGCGCGCUUCCUGGCCACGGUGGAGGGGCUGCGCGCCGGUGAGCGCGGCGAGCUGGCGGGCAUGCGCGGCAUCGUGAUGGCGCAGCGCGACGCUGUGGACGCCACCGACGUGCUCCGCCUCAACACCGGCGCGCUGCAGGUGCUAGCGGGCGUGCUGUCAGACACGCCCGUGCACGCCAGCACUCCACGCGACGACCUCAUCGCCAUCUGCCUCUCCCACGGCCCCUGGCUGCCGCCCACUCCCGCCACGCCCGCCACGCCCGCCACUCCCGGCAGCACCCGCUCGCGUCGCUCGCGCAGCAGGGGGUUCUCCCGUGGGUUGGGCGAGGUGUGGGACGAGGGCGCGGCACGACGCGCGGAUGCGGCGGACGAUGGGGCUGUUGGCAGUGGCAGCGCACGAAUGGAGGGGGAGAGCGGGCGGGAUAGGGGGGGGAGAAAGGGCAGAGGCGACAGAGAAGGGGAGGUGGGAGAAGGGGAGAACGGAGCGGGGGGGGGGGAGGAGGAAGGAGGUGGGGUGGGGCGUGGCGAGGAGGGGAGGAGCAGCAGGGGCAGCAGCAAGGAGUCGUUCGCGUAUGGGGGCACGUGGGGUGGCAGCCGCAGCAAGGGCGCAGGCAAGAAGGGGACGCUGAGUGGCAAGCACAGGGCGGAGCUGGAGAAGCUAAGGCAGGAGGUGCGCAUGAUCGAGGAGAAGGCCAAGCUCAAAAAGCUCAUGCUCCUGGCCACGCCCCCCGAUCAUCCCCAACCCGCUGCCGCUGCCGCCGCUGCUCCUCCUCCUGCUGCUGCUGGUGCCAGCGAUGCUGGUGGCAGUGGGGGUGGCACCAGGGACAGGGAUACGAGUGGCAGGAGUCUUGGCAGGAGUGCGAGUAGAGGAUCCAGGUCGUUCUCUCACAGGGACCACCACACUGCUCUUGCUGCUGCUGCGCCUGCCACUGCAGCUCCACCUCCCACUGCGCCCCCUGGACCUGCACCCGAACCAUCUACAGCCUCUCCAGAUGCCCAUUCCCUCCCAGCAGGCCAUGCACAUGAGCAGCAUGGCGCUCCCAUCACCUCCUCCCCUGAAUCCGCCACCAUCGCUACCCCGUCACCCCUGCUGGGGUCAUCCCCCUGCGACGCCCCCAGCUUCCGAUCCAUGGUGUCCCCUGCUGCCCUGCCCGCCCCCCUGCACACCCACACCCACACCCACCACAGCAUUCACGAGAGCCAGCAAAGUGGUGCUGGCGAUGCCAUUGCACUCUGCCCUACUGCCCCUGCUGCCGCCAGUGAGGGAAUGCCUGAUGCAUCUGCUCCACCCUCCACCACCGCCACUGCACCAGUACCUUCAAUCGAUGCUGCUCUCACUCUCCCUGACUCCGCGGCCACUGGCGCUACCAGCAGCAGCAGCAGCAGCAGCAGCAGCAGCAGCAGCGUGGCCACAGCAGGGGGCAGUGGGCAUGAGUGGAGUGGAGCGGUGGGCGCCCCCUCUCGGGGUGUGCGCGCGUGGCACAGGCAGCCCAUGACGCCCAACCUGGGAGCAUCCUCACGCCGCCUGCGCCCGCUGGCGUUCCUGCGGGGGGACGGCGAGCAGGGCGAGGGGGGCGAGGACGUGCAGGUGCGCAGCCCGGGGUCACAGGGCGCCAUGGGGCUCGCCGGGCUGCCUGGGGACGAGGGCGAGCGGCACGGCAGGGGCCGUGGGGCGUUGAGAAUGCGCGAGAGGGGGCGCAGGGAGCGCGUGGUGCUGGGGGGCGGGGAGAUGGAUGGGGACGGUGGCGUGGGGAAGGGUGCGGAGUGGGACGCGGGGGAGGGGGGCGAGGACGGUGGAGAGAGGAGUGCACGGAGUGACGGGGGUGUGCGGCGAGUCGAGGCGCAGUCUGGGAUGGGUGUAUUGGUGAACGGCGGUGGUAUUGCGGAGGAAGAUGAAGGGGGGGAGGAGGAAGAGAGGGGGGAGGAGGAGGAGGGGGAGGAGGUGGUGGAGGAGGGAGGAGGGGGGAUGGAGAAAGGAGGGAUUGAGCAGGAGGAUGAAGAGGAGCAGGAAGAACAUGAAGAAUUGGAGGAGGGGGGAGAGGAGAUAGAGGAAGGUGAGGAAUUCGAGGAGGAAGAGGGAGUGGGGGAGGAAGAGGGAGUGGGGGAGGAAGUGGAGGAAGAACAGGAAGUGGGAGCGGAAGAAGGGGCAGAAGAGGGAGCGGAGGAAGAGGGGGCAGAUGAAAGAGUGGAGGAGGAAGGAGAGGAGGGGGAUGAGGGGACACUAGCAGCAGAGAUGGAUGAUGCUGCCGCGCGGUUCUUUGACUCACGGGGCGACACAGGGGUGUGGCAGGGCAUAGGAGCCACGGCCGCACCGGCAGCAGGGGAACUGGCGAGGCGAUGGAAGAAGGGCAAAGAGCGGGCGUCCCAGCAAGCGCGCAGACGAGGGGGAGGUGUAGGGGCGGACGAGGAGCAGCAGAGGGAGGCGGAGGACGCGGAGGCGCUGCUGUGGGCAGCGGCGGCCUCAGGAGCGGGCAGGAGGAAGGGGCUGGGACGAGGCCACAUGGACCCCGAGCCCAGUGCCACCCUGCUGCUGCGGCGCUUCAAGGCGCGAGAGGGCCUACCUGGUGAUGGAGAGGGCGCUGGCAGUGGCACGCCCACACACACUGCAGACACCCCUGGCAGCUCCCACCAUGGCCUCACGGAGGGCUCUCACUCCCAUGCACAUGCACCACAGCCGUCAGCAUCAUCCUCAGCAGUAGCAGGAUCAGAAGUGCAGGCAUCGUCGCACGCGGUGCACCACGCGGCAUCGCCGUCCUUCUCGUCGCUGACAGUGGCCAUCCCCCGAGCGCCACUGGGCUCCUCUGACCUCGCCCUGCACUCCCUCUCCCACGCCAGCCCUGCAUCUCACGCCAGCCCCUACGCGCGCAGCCCCUACCACGCCAGCCCCUCGUCCCAGGCCAGCCCCUCCCACUCCAGCGCCUCCUCCUCCCAGGCCAGCCCCCCUCACGGCAAGACCCACCGCCACCACCACAACCACCACCAUCACCCCCCCCACCCCCCACAGCAGCAGCAGCAACAGCAGGGUUCCCUCCACGGCCCCUCUCGGCUCUCCCCCACAGGCUACUCCGUCAGUAGUGCAGCAGGACAGGGGGGAGCGCAGCAAGGGAGCGGUGGGCCAGCAGAUGGAGCGGAUGAAAUGGACGAGGUGAGCCGCCUGGAGCACGAGGCGCUGCUGCGCUUCUCAUCGGGUGCACGGCAGCUGGAGGUGCAGGCGGACAGGGAGAGGCAUGCCGUGGACGUCGCAGAGGCCCGUGUCGCCUCCGCUCUCCAGCGCCUCGAGGCUGCCCGCCGCGCCGUGGCUGAGGAGAAGGCUCGGCGCGCGGCGGCAGUGGCUCGGUGGAAGGGGGCGAUGGUGGCAGUGGAGGAUGGCAGCGAGCUGAUGGAGGAGGCGUGUGCCGUGGUCAGGCGCAAGGCGGACGAGUGCCGCGACGCGUGGCGGCGCCAUGUGGAGUCCACACAGCGGCUCACGUCGGGAGGCAGCACGCCGGGGGGCACGACGCGCAAGAAGAUGAACCGCAUGCGGCAGGAGGAGUUUGAGCGCGCCGCACGCACGCAUGAGGAGUUCCUGCGCCUGUGGGAGGAGCUGGAGGCGCUGUGCAAGCCCAGCCUGCAGGCCGCCGUGCAGCGUCUGGCCAGUGGGUCGCUGCAUGUGGAUGCGGACACAGGCGAGUACAGUAUGCAGGGGCCAACCAGCAAGGGCCGCAGUAGAGCCCGCGACAAGCUCAAAUAA